AUGCACUCUAUCUUUCGUUUUAGGCACAUUGGAGCCUACUGUGACUAUAACAAGUGGUAUCAGAGCCCCUUGGAGCAGUUUCGACAAUGGCUGGACCUGAGGAAAGGGGUGGCAGAGGUGCUGGUGGCAGUGGAGAAGCCCAAGCUCAAGGCCAACCUCGUGACUAAGCCAUGGCGCCCGUGCAACCAGUCAUGGUCCUCGCUCAUCAUCAACCUUAAUCGCGACUUGCCCCGCCUCUCGCUUGAAGACAUGAAGCGAGCUAUCCUUCAAGAGGAUUUCCGCCGCCGUGAGUUGGCGAGUGCGGAUGGCGCUGGGACAGCGAGCAUCGGCCGUGGAUAUGGCCAAGAGGGUAGAGGAGCAGGUGGAGGGAGAGGAAGAGGCCGUGGAGGUCGUGGCGGUCGCGGUGGCGGAGCUGCAAACAUGAAGAGCGGAGACAACGACAAGGACCCGAGCGACGAUCGAUACCCGGGUCUAUUCUACUUCGUGUUGACGCAAGUACCGGCUGAUCCAGAGAAGGAUGAAGGCUUUGAGGAGCCAGCAGCUGUGGGGAAGGUGACCCUACACCCCCUGGACUUUUGGGUGAUUGAUAGUGGCGCUACCUAUAGCAUGACACCUCGCCCGGACUUGCUCACUGAACUCGAGCCGUCACCGGUGAAGCAUGUCACAUCGGCUUUGGGGCAGCGAGCAGAGGUGAAAUGCAUGGGGAAGGCCAUGUUCAAGGGUGCUGAUGGGAAGAUGGUGGGCCUCAAGAACGUGAUUUGGGUGCCCAGCCUUGCUGCAAACCUGAUUUCCGUGCGGCGGUUGGCAAAGGCCGGCAUGGACACGAACUCGAAGAGAGCCAAAAUCUACACCGCAAGGCUUGGCGAUCGAAUUCUUUGGGACCUUCAUGAGGACAGGAAUGUAUACAACGAGAUGUGGCAGAUCCUAGUGGUCCCUAUGCCUAAGGAGAGGCAAGUGGCAGCAAGCAUCAGCACCAAGGAUGGAGCGGUUGGUAGCGACGAUGGCGCGAACGGUCGCGCUAAGGAGAAUGAGCUCAAGAAGAGCAAACCUGGAGGGACCAGCAAGUUCAGUGAACCUAAGGAGAGUGGUGCAGCAACCAAGGAGCAGCAAAAGGUUGAGGAGAACCCUAAGGCAGCAGCGGAGGAGGACUACAGAGAGAGUAUGUGGGGCGCUAUUGCGAGCGCGGCAUUCUCCAAUCCAACUUCGGCUACGGGGGAGUGUGAUUGGCUCACCUUGCAUCGGCGCAUGGGGCAUGUGGCCCUGCCCAUCUUGCAGCAGCUAGUGAAGAAUGAGAUGGUUGCUGGCAUACGUGUAAAGGGGGAGCCCAAUGAGGUACUUGGCUGCCCGACGUGCAUGCAAGCCAAGUUCACCCGAUUCCCGUUCUCUAGUUCGGAGGCGACGGCUAAGGCACCGCUUGAUGAGAUAGCUUCGUCCAGUGCAGAGGCUGAGAUCUACGCCGGUGCCAUGGCGGCACAGGAGCUUCGUUAG